AUGGACGAGGAGUACGAUGUCGUGGUGUGUGGUACCGGAUUCUUGAAGCAACUGCACGCAGAGGGCUUGCAUUUGCAAGACUUUCCGACUGAGAAAGUUGCUUGGGAGCGUCUAGAUCGGCAGCUUGACAUUCUACAGCGAUGCAGGGCAGUUGGAGCAACCUUCUGCCUGGUGAUGGAGGACUUUGUUCGAUGGCAAGCUGGAGACCUGAUCGACAGCUUGCAGGCGGUGGUGCAGCUGCAAGAAUUUGACGUGGUGGUUCUGGGCCGAAAUGAACGCGAGAUUCGCUGCGAUGACAUCGAGGCGACCUUUGAGCAUUUGAGUCGUCUCAAGUGUACUCCCCUUUGGAACUACGCCCUUGUGAUUCAUGAGAGGUAUUACACCAGCAUGCUGUCUUUGUUGCAAGAAGGCACCAGCGACCUUUGUGGCUUUCAAACAGACUUGUACUUUGCGGUUGAAAGACUUUAUCGAAUACCAAGCUCAGCGAUUUGGUACGUUGCAUCUCCUCUUCCCGUUCAGGUGCUGUCUCAACCCGGAACAAAGGGCCACUUUGCUGCCCGCUGUGCCUUCGCAAUGCAGUCCAGACGUCCUAUCAUCAUGCUCCAUCCGAUGAGGACUGGUGGCACCAGUGUAUGUGAUGUGGCAGCGAAGUGGUACUUGCUGGGAGGACGUGGUGGCUCCUCUUCAUCAGCGCAGAAUUGCCGAGCUGAAUCCUCCAGUUGGUAUGAAUUUCCAGGUUUGCCUGAGCAGAAUGUCCCCUUGCGAGCAGAUCAGGUCAAUGCAGCUUUUGCUGGAGGAGCUGGUUUCAUCGCGCUGGAACCGAGCUAUACUGAUUGGUAUGAUGGCUUUGAGCCACGCAACAUAUCACCAGCGAUUCAGAGGUGGUACGGUGCAAUGGCAAGAGACCUGGACCUUGCCAAAGGAUUCUGGCACUCCUACCUAACCAUACUGCUGGUGCGCGAUCCCAUUGAGCGCUAUCUGUCAUGGCUUCGGUGGUGUUUGCCUAACUGCGGCUGGUUGAGAUCCAAGAGGGAGGGCGACGCUGAUGUGAUGCCGGAGGGACAUUCGCGACGCUGCUUUGAAGACUGGGCAUCCAAGUUCAUAGAACUUCUACUUCGGCCGCGGCUCAGUACAUCUGGAAUCAGUGCUUGGUCGCCUUUGCGAUUUGAACACAUCAAAAGAAGCCAUGUCCCUGGCUGUCGUGGGUACAACAAAGGAUAUCACAUCGCGCAGGCGAGCAAUUGCUUGACUCGACACCUGUUGCCGAGAGAAAGGCACCUGAAACGUUCGCUCAAUGAUUCAGAUCUCGAGAUGGCCUUGUCUAUGUUGCAACGAUUCGAUGUUGUGCUUGAUUUGUCUCUUGCACCAAAUGAAAGCAGUUUACUUCUCCAAGAUGCUUUCCGCAGGAACGUUGAGUGUGGGGACAGGUGUGCCCAGUUGGAUUCUUUGCCUGACAUGGAGAUACCACCCAGCAACCCACAUCACGCAGGCAGUUCUGGAGACCAUCCGAAGAGCUUUGCACCACUUUCCACUGUGGCCAGAGAUUUGCUUGAGCAGCACAAUCUCCUCGACAGGCCUUCUGAAUUCAUUCGUGUUUGUCAGGGUGUUGGUGGCUCGAUUCUUUCAUUCAUUUUUGCACAAGGAAAGUGGUUGCAGCAGCUCAUGAUCUGA